CCAAAACAAAUCUCUUAUUACACACAAAAAUGAGUUCCAAGGCUUUUGUUUUCUUUGGUCUUCUUUUCGCCUUUGUUUUCCUCAUCUCUUCCGAGUUGUCCGCUAGAGACCUGGCGAAGACCUCGGAAACGGACAAUGAGGUGAGGUUGGAGAUCAAUAGCAUAGAGGAUGCCAAAUAUGAUAGAGGUUAUGGAGGCCAUGAUCAUGGUGGUUACCACGGUGGUGGUUACGGCGGCCGUGGAGGUUAUGGCCAUGGUGGCUACGGCGGCCACAAUGGUCACGGUGGCGGCCGUGGAUGA